CACGUGGGAACGGAUCCUUGAAGCUGACUGGUUAGUCGACUGCUCAGGCGCGAUUUUGCAACGCGGGACAACGUUCCUGUGGGCGCACACAGGUCAGUCCAGACUACCCGCUGCGACCAGAAGGGAACUCAACAUCAUAUCUGACUGUAUCUUUUGUGGAUAUUUUGUGGCGAAGGACGGAUCCGACAUAUCUUUCUAUUCCUCUUUGGAAAUGAAGGAAAUAUUCACUCCAGACUGAAAAGGCACACUCUUUAUAACUCUUACUUCUUGGUUGUAAAAUAGUCAGUUAGAGUUGGAACUUUUGCAGUUUUGGCUGCCUUUUGCGACUAACGCCGGAGUUUUGACACCCAUAUAAUGGCUGAUAACAAGCAUCCGCACGUUAUUUUCUGCGACGACUCGCCAAAAAGAGUUUUGGUGUCCGUGAUUAAGACCACCCCGAUCAAACCCAGGAAGGCGGAGGCCCUGACGCCGACAAGCCCCGGAUUCAGCGACUUCAUGGUCUACCCGUGGAAAUGGGGGGAGAACGCCCACAAUGUGACUCUGAGCCCGGGCUCAGUGAGCGGGGCUUCGUCGCCUACCGGGACCCACACAGCCAGGGAAGCGGACACAGCUCCUUCACCUGACCAGAUCAGAGAUGGUAUCCGCAGAGGGCGUCCACGGGCUGACACUGUCCGGGAGCUCAUAAGCGAGGGGGAGACUUCAUCCAGCCGUAUUCGCUGUAACAUUUGCAACCGAGUGUUUCCCAGAGAGAAGUCUCUUCAGGCUCAUAAGAGGACACACACAGGAGAAAGACCCUAUCUGUGUGACUACCCGAACUGUGGGAAAGCAUUUGUCCAGAGUGGCCAGCUGAAGACGCACCAGCGGCUGCACACUGGGGAGAAACCCUUUGUCUGCUCAGAGAAAGGGUGUGGCAGUCGGUUCACACAUGCCAACCGUCACUGUCCCAAGCAUCCUUUCUCCCGCCUGAAGAGAGAGGAACCAAAGGAGGGCCUGGGAAAGGCCCAGUCUGUUGAUAACAAAGCAGUGGCAGAGUGGCUGGCAAAAUACUGGCAAACCCGUGAGCAGCGUGCCCCCACAACCACCAAGGUGAAGCCACAGGGCAAAGCAAGAGCAGAAGACCAGGAGCAGCAGGAUCCCAUGGAGUUUCUCCAGUCCGAUGAAGAGGAGGAGGCCGCAGAGGAGGAGAAGGGCAGCCAGGCUGGAGGUGCCGCCAAGCGUCGCCUUCAGGAGCAACGAGAGCGUCUCCACGGUGCUUUGGCACUUAUUGAGCUGGCCAACAACCUGUCUGCCUGAGCACCCAACCACGUCCUGGUCCUGGACACCCGUUCCCUGCCCCUCAAACCUCCCUUCCCCACCCGCCUUCCUGCAUCAUGUGCUGUAGCUAAAAAUUGUUCAUAAAUGCAGAUCAAUGACUAGUUUAGUUAAUUAAGUUGCAAAACCAGACUUUGAGAAAGAGCUGAAUUGGCCUGAGAUCAGUGUUAUGCACAAGGAUUAUUAUCCCCUCUCACAGCACCAGGAAGGCACAAGCUAAAGCACCUUAUUCAGCUUCCAUUUUACCCUUUUUUUAGGCUGCUAUAAUUGUAGAUUUGACAAUAUGAAGAAUGUGUUUCUUUCUCUUGUCUUCUGAAGGCAAAGGAAGAGUACCUAUUUUGUUUUAAGUUUUGUUUGCACUUUGAUGGUAACGAGUUUGUUUUUUUUUUAAGUAUGGUGUGAGUGUAACAGAGUGUGUUAUGACUGAUGUAUAUAUGGAUUAAGUUCAGAUGACAGAAUGAUACAGGGUGUGGUCAAACAUAGGAAGUGUUACAUUGCAUUCCAACCGCUGGAUGGCCUCUUGAUCAUGCUCCCAGGUUUCAUCUCCAGCAUUGUAAGCACAAUUUCACUGCCACUAAUUGCAGCAGUGGUGGUAGAAAUGGACUGAGAAAGAAUUGUGUUUAUUCUCACUUAGACAGCACUGUCCCAGAAGUCUGCAUAGGUGGACGAAAGCAAGUCAGGGGAGCUGGAUCAGUCUGGCAUGUAACAUUUUUUUUUUAUAAAUAUAUAUGCCAAAUGUGAAGUGAUCAUUGCAAGCCUAAUUCAGAGUCUGGUUAGGCACAGGACUUUUCAAAACAAAAUCCAAACUGACAGAUUUUUUUUUUAAUCAAUACCUACAUGCAAUACUGGAGGUGCAUAGGAAAAGCGCAUCUGUAGGGGAGUAUGCUGCCUUUGGAUUUAGCUAUUACACCUAAACAUUACAGCUAAUAAACAGUCUACAAUACUUGAAGAUCCGGAGUGCGCAUUUAAACUUGCAGGCCUAAAGUUUUCCAACCAGUUGGGAGUUUUUUGUUUUUUUUUUUUAAAUAAACUGAUGAUGUCGGCCACUUUUUAUGUUCAUAUUCAUCUCACUUCAGAGGUUAAAUUGCGUGAUAUUUAUUUAAUAAUAUUUUUUUUUUAUUAAUGUUUGAUACAACUUUUUGAGAGUCCUGGAAUCAUUGAAUGUGUGCAGAUAAAUAUUCUGGUGUCACGUUUAAAAAACAAAAAAAAAAGUCCAUUUGGAAAAUGUCACUAACAUUAAACAUCCC